GGCGGGGCGUGUCCGUUGUGCCGCUCUGGGGCGUCCGCGGGCGGCACGAGGGCAGAGCCGCGCGGCCUCCGCUCUGCCACGUGCCGGGGAAAACAAAUGGGUCUCCUGCUGGAGCGGUACCCUGAGGCACAGCCGGGCUCUGGGGGUGCCCCCCAGCUCCGCACCGGGAUCCUAGUCUAAGCCAGCCCUUUGGCCUUGGAUUUGCCGCCCUGCCCUGCCCUCUCCAGAGGGCGCAGCCAUCUCCGCAAAGCAGCAUGGCCCUUCGUGGCGGUGCCCCGCCUCGUGCUGAUGGUGGCAGACAACUCCUCUCCAACUGCUCCCCCCAGGGCCGGCGGGAAAGGAGGCGGGACUGGCUUUGUGGGCACGGCCCUAACCCAGUUGCUGAGGAGCAGAGGGCAUGAGGUGACCCAUGUUUCACGCUAUGCAGGGAAGGACCGGAUCAGUUGGGAUGAGCUAUCCCGCUCUGGGUUACCCCGUUGUGAUGCUGCCGUGAACCUGGCUGGUGAGAAUGUCCUCAACCCGCUUCGAAGGUGGGACUAUGCCUUCCAAAGGGAAGUAGUUACCAGCCGGGUGGAGACUACCAAGACCUUGGCCAAAGCCAUUGCUGAGGCUGAGCAGCCCCCUCGUGCCUGGGUCCUUGUCACCGGCGUAGGGUAUUACCGCCCUAGCCUGACAACUGAAUAUACCGAAGACAGUUCUGGUGGGGACUUUGACUUCUUCUCACGCCUGGUGCACACCUGGGAGUUGGCAGCUAAAAUUCCAGGGAACAUCACCCGUGAAGUGGUGGUGAGAUCUGGAGUGGUACUGGGGAAGAAUGGAGGUGCAAUCUCACAGAUGCUGUGGCCCUUUCGUCUGGGCCUUGGUGGCCCCAUUGGCUCUGGUGUCCAGCCUUUUCCCUGGAUCCAUGUUCAGGACCUGGCUGGCAUUGUGUCUCAUGCCCUAGAGACUGAGGGUGUCCGAGGUGUCCUCAAUGGCGUCUCCCCAGCCUCCCCCAACACCUCGAAUGCUGACUUUGCCCGUGCACUGGGGUCUGCCCUGGGGCGCCCAGCCCUCCUACCCUUGCCCACUGUGGUGGUACGGGCCGUGUUUGGGGCUGAGCGAGGCAUCAUGCUGCUGGAGGGUCAGCGAGUGGUGCCGAAACGCACCUUGGAGUGCGGCUACCACUUCACCUUCCCUGACCUCCCUGUGGCCCUGAGGGACAUUGUGUCCUGAGGCUGUGAGCAGGGCUGGGAUAGGAGGUUAUACUGUUUAGGCAUUUCCCUUUCAAUAGGCCAUGGAGGCUGUUGUCUUUAGCUUGGCUGUCUUUCUCAGACCCUGCUGACAUCCUUCUCUGUCACCCCUUUUUGAGGACUUCAGUUGCUUUCAGCUCCACUUUAAGGAGUUCUCCAUUUUGAGCCCCUUAUUUUUUUUCUUUUGGUUUUCUGUGUCUCCACAACUUCCCAGUUCCUUCUGAGUCCCACCUUCGCAUCCCACUGUGUUCCCACCACCCUUCUGUGUAGGGGCAAAUGGAUGGAGCAGCUCAUUUGGAGACCCAAUUUCCCCUCCUUUUCAAAGUUUGGGCUGUCCCGAUUUGAUCUCCCUUCUUGUGCUCAUCUUCAUUUAACUCUCCCAUCCAAGUCUAACCAGGUUGCACUCCUCUAUCAGUUGUUUUCCAUUUUGUGACCAUUUUUAAGGGGAUGGGCUCCUGCAGAGAGGGUCCUGGAGGUUGUAUUUCUCCGUGGGACCAUGGGCAUGAUUUCCCCACUAAUAUAUGUUGUAUAUAGCAUUGUGCAGUUGUUGGGGACUAAAUUGUGGCUGGAUCUCUGCUGUGUGGGGAGUUCCUUUGUCAAAUGUAUGGUGCAGUAGGGGCUGCUGUGCUACGCAGCGGGUAUGUAGGGCGUUUUGCCCCUUAGUCAAUGCUGAUGACAGAGCCUCAGUGUAGCACAAGGUGCUGCAAGGGUGGGGUGAGGGUGCUCUCCCCUUGUAGUCAGUACCAGUUCCACUACCUAACUGUGAUGCUGUGGGCAUGAUUUAUCAGGAAGCUGGUUGGGCCACUGUCGUAUGGCAACCAGGACUGACUCUGAACUUGGCACAAAAUGAAUGUAUCCUGUUUAGUUUUUAACAUCUCUCUCAAUUCCACUCUCUUCCCCACACACUGCCCCACCUCAGGUCACUCUUAACGUGACUUCUCCCAGGCUCCUAUGACCCAUCUCCCCCUAUAUUCUGUGGGACUAAUCCUUAUCUUCCACAAGAUUAGGAGAAGGGGAGGCCUGUGAUCCAGGUGGGGCUGUUUUAGGAGGGAUCUGCAGGUCAGGAUUGAGGGGCACCACCAAAGCUGUCUGGUCUCUUGACUGGUGAGUAGCAUGGUCGUUUGGAUGGAGGCCCUGCACUGUUGAGGCGUAUGCAAGUUCAUCCCAACCAGCUCUUUUCUGCCGGAGUUGCCCUUUCUGGCUACUCACCAGAGCACUGGGUGCCUGGGGAAGCAUUAGUUUUGGUCCUGCUGGUAAUGUAGCAUGUCCUCUCCACUGAGGAAAUAAAAUAUUUGGAGAUAGUUGCGACUUCCCCUUCCCUCCCGCUCCCAUGCCUUCCUUCAGCCCAGAGCAGCAUAGAAUCAGUAGAGCUGUGUGGAGAAGAGUGGCCCGGUUAGUGACUGUGUGUGGGAUGCCUGCGGGCAGAAGUCACUGAAAUCAGAAUAGCUGGGGGCAACUUCCUCUGUGCUUGAGGACCUAGGAGUCCUAAUUUCUCCCUGUCCUGCUCUAGGUUGUUACUUCCAGAUUUAUGAUCUGAGUGCCCUGCAUAUUCCAGAACUGACAGGUCUGUUGGUCAACCUGGCUGUAACUGUUCUUGGCAGCCAGCCCCUAGGAGCUGUUGUCACCGGCUGUGAGCAUGUGCUCAAUCACAUUUCAUCAUGCUCCAGGCAAACCAAGGGCUUUAUGGAAUUAAAUGAAUUCAAAAUCAAGGAGCUUUAUGGAAAGGAGCUUCUAUGAGUGAGAAAGAGAGCUCAGGAUGGGAAUGAGACCCAGAUACCCAAUUUAGCACUGUUAGGGGGUCUUGUAGAACACAGCUCUGGGAGAGGAGAGUGGGAUGGAGGAUGGGAUCUCAAUAUCAAAAGGAAGGACGCAGGAGUCAUUAGCUAAGACAAAAGCAGCAAGGGGCACAAGGGCUAUCAGGACUAGAUUGGUCUGAGGAGCCAUGGGUGUGGAGAGAACAGUGGAGUGUUUCUGUGGUAAUUGGGGAGGCGCAGGGGGCACCCUCCCUGGACAGACAGAGCACAACUAUUGCUUUCCUGCUCUGUGGUCUCUGUUACUCCCAAAAGCAACCCCUAAGGGGGAAGUACAAUCCCGCAAACAGAUCAAGAACUGCAUCUGAUGCCAGGCCCCAACAUCUUAUACCAUGUUCCCCGCAACAUCUGAUGCCAGGCCCCAAUUCACUGAUACACUGAAGUGCAGAAAGGGUUUUACUUGGACAGAGGGAUGCUUUAUCCACAUUAAACCUCUUCUGCACUUCAGUGUAUGAGUGAGCUGGAGCCUGGCAUCAGAAGUUGCUGGGCAUACAGUAUAAGAAUGUUUCUGAUCAUUGCUGUCCCUCCCCUAAGGUCAAGCUUAGGUUUAUUUCUUGUGUUGUAAACAGUGCUCUGUUAUGCCCCAUGGCCCUAACCACUUCCACCAAGUUGGCAGUAGACUUUACCAGUUGGCUUCCCUUCAAAGAGAACUUGGCCAGAGGGUCUUAAAACAGCUUUUGUUGGUUUAUGCUCUGCAUGUUGGUCCUGGAAGUAGGUGGCGACAAAUGGCAAGCAGGCUGGUUCUCUCCAUCAGGAAUCUCAUUUAUCCAUUGAAAAUGGAUUCCUAAAUAACAAGUGACAGUUCUUUGAGUGCCUUCCAGCUGUAUUUGGUAUGCUGAUGAGAGAGAAGAGAGAUUAUUUUAAAACUGAAGAGCAGAGAAUGGACUUGAGGUCCGUACCAGAUUUCAUGAACCUGAUACAUUCGGAGUAGCAGGGAACAUGCUGUUUGUCUUUCACAACAAGAAGUUGAAUUUGUUGUAUCACCUGUGUUCAUUCCUAUUCCUAAAUAGGAAUAGGAUAUUCCUAAAUGAUCCUACAGCGGAUCAUUUGGGGGAAAAUGUCUAGUUUUGAUCUAAAGUUUGCCAGUGCUGGAGGAACACAGCUCAGUCCUUCAUAAGCUGUUCAUACAGUUAAUUAUCCUCAUUGAGAAUAAGGUCAUUUUUAACAAUCUGAAUUUGUCUAGUUUCUACUACUAGCCAUCUCCUUUUAUUUCUGAACUUGUCCUCUACUGCCAUCUUUUGGUGCGUUAUGUAAGCUAGCUGAUUGCACGUCUACAGACACCUCAUUUUUCUAGCCCUCUUUGUGUCAGGUCAGCUCAUGAGUCCAUGAGAGAAAGUCAGUUCUGGUGGUUUGGCAUGGCUCCCUGCUAGGAUUGCAAACAGAUGCAAGGACCAGCCCUGUAAAACAGUUAGCAUAGUGCACUCCUGUUCUAAGACUACAUACGUGCUGGCACUACAGUGUACAAAUAAAUAAAUAAAUACAAAUAUUUUAAAGCUU